CACCAUCUUCUCCACAAUUGACUUAUCAAACAAACUAUACAAGAUUACAAGCCCCCUGAGGUUUUAUGCAAAUGUAGUGCUAUCAAGACAUCCAUCGAUUUUCCCUCGCUUAUUUUCCUUCCGACCAAAUCAAACCAUUCUUCUUUUCUUUUUGUAUCUCAGAUCUCUUUGUUUUCAGAUCAUUUCCGUUUUCUGGAUUCGGUUUCAUUCCAUCGUUCUCUGUUCUGGGUUCAUUUCAAAUUUCGAUUUUUCCCAGCACCCUUCUAAAAAUCCGGGAGAAAAAUUCAUGACUUUUGGCCUAUUGAUUUUUUUAUUGUGAAAGACUCGUUCUUUGCAUUUAGUGCAUCGACUCGAGUAGGGUUUUUGCUUGUGCAUCUGUGUUCGGAGUUUUUUAAAUCAUUGCCUGAUCCGAGCUGAUCAAUUUUCUAUGAUAUCCGAUUGUCUUUGGAGAAGAGAACGAAGUCUUAGAUUAUGUGGUAUUUGACUUUCACUUGUAGUGUCUCUGAUCAUUAGGAAUGAGAUCAGAUCAGAUCAAACUGUCUUCUUUUGAUCAGAUCUUGGUGUGGAGAGCUUGAAUGCGAUUCUGAAGAAGUUGAUUUUAGGAUUAUUUAAGUAGAGAAGAUAUUUUUUGAUGGGUAAUGCUUGCGUAGGACCAAACAUAUCUGGAAAUGGUUUCUUGCAAACUGUUUCGGCAGCAAUGUGGCGGCCACGGAUCGGAGUUGAGCAACCUUCUUCCCAUAGUAAUGGAGAUGUUGCCAAUGAAGCAGCUUCAGGACCAUUACCUGAUCAAGUCCAGAAUAAACCCCCUGAGCAAGUCACAAUGCCAAAUCCAAGGACCAUUCCUGAAACCGAAACCAAAUCGAAAGCCGAAGCAGUGAUCCAACCUAAAGAAACCAAGCAGGAAGUUAUUAUGCAGCCGGAGACAACAAAACAAGAAACAAAGUCUGAAUCCAAGCCGGAGACACCUGAACCAGAAACAAAGUCUGAAUCCAAGCCAAAGACAUCAGAACCAGAAACAAAGUCUGAAUCCAAGCCGGAGACACCAAAACCAGAAACAAAGGAUGAAACCAAGCCGGAUACGAAACCUGAACCUAAGAAGCCUAAACACAUGAAGAGAGUGUCGAGUGCAGGGCUCAGGACUGAGUCAGUGUUGCAGAGGAAAACUGAAAACUUUAAAGAGUUCUAUUCAUUGGGAAGGAAACUUGGACAAGGGCAGUUUGGGACGACGUUUUUAUGCGUUGAGAAAGGUACGGGGAAUGAGUAUGCGUGCAAGUCGAUUUCCAAGAGGAAGCUUUUGACCGAUGAGGACGUUGAAGAUGUGAGAAGAGAGAUUCAGAUAAUGCAUCAUUUGGCUGGUCAUCCUAAUGUUAUAUCCAUUAAAGGAGCUUAUGAGGAUGUUGUUGCGGUACACCUUGUGAUGGAGUUGUGUUCCGGUGGUGAGCUUUUUGACAGGAUUAUCCAACGUGGACAUUACACUGAGAGGAAAGCCGCUGAGCUCGCGAGAACCAUUGUUGGGGUUUUAGAGACUUGUCACUCUCUUGGUGUUAUGCAUCGAGACCUCAAGCCCGAGAAUUUUCUAUUUGUUAGUAAAGAAGAAGACUCCCUCUUGAAAACGAUAGACUUUGGACUCUCAAUGUUCUUUAAGCCAGAUGAGGUUUUUACAGAUGUUGUUGGUAGUCCAUAUUAUGUAGCUCCAGAAGUUCUUAGAAAGCGGUAUGGUCCUGAAUCUGAUGUGUGGAGUGCUGGUGUGAUUGUUUACAUUUUGUUAAGCGGAGUUCCUCCUUUCUGGGCUGAAACCGAACAAGGUAUCUUCGAACAGGUUCUUCAUGGAGAUCUUGACUUUUCAUCUGAUCCGUGGCCAAGCAUCUCUGAAAGCGCAAAAGACUUGGUAAAGAAAAUGCUUGUGCGAGACCCCAAGCGAAGACUAACCGCGCAUCAAGUAUUAUGUCAUCCAUGGGUUCAAAUUGAUGGUGUGGCUCCAGACAAACCGCUGGACUCUGCUGUUCUGAGCCGUAUGAAGCAAUUUUCUGCCAUGAACAAGUUCAAGAAAAUGGCUCUUAGAGUCAUAGCCGAGAGCUUAUCCGAAGAAGAAAUAGCCGGUUUGAAAGAAAUGUUCAAGAUGAUUGACGCCGACAACAGUGGUCAGAUAACUUUUGAGGAACUGAAAGCAGGACUAAAACGUGUUGGUGCCAAUCUUAAAGAGUCAGAAAUUCUUGACCUGAUGCAAGCUGCUGAUGUAGACAAUAGCGGAACAAUAGACUACAAAGAGUUCAUAGCAGCAACAUUGCAUCUAAACAAAAUAGAGAGAGAGGACCAUUUGUUCGCUGCCUUCUCCUACUUUGAUAAGGACGGGAGCGGAUUUAUCACCCCGGACGAGCUUCAACAAGCUUGUGAGGAGUUUGGUGUCGAAGAUGCCCGCAUAGAAGAAAUGAUGCGUGAUGUUGAUCAAGACAAGGAUGGACGAAUCGACUACAACGAAUUUGUGGCAAUGAUGCAGAAAGGGAGCAUCAUGGGAGGACCUGUGAAGAUGGGUUUAGAGAAGAGCAUUAGCAUUUCACUGAAACACUAGUUUUCAGAUUACAAACCCAAAAAUCAAGAAGAGCUUCGUCUAUAUUUAUGAAUGAUUGAUGAUGACGAUUGUGUUUUUUCUCAAUAUUCUGAUGAGGUUUUUUGUUAUUAGACUGGUUUAGGCAUAUCUCUUUCUUUUUGUACGGUGUACUUUAUGCAUAUACACAGUUUUUUUUGUCUGUAA